AAGGCGUGACUCACCUUCUCCUUAUGUAUAUGUGCACGUCAAAAGCCAAAACCAGAGCCACACAUUCACCAAACUCACACAAAACACUCUUUCUUUCUUGGGUUCCUCGGCUAGCUAUCCUUGGCCAUUCUAGUUUCUCCAUCGGCCAUGGCUGGGACUGGAGAUUUUGCAGAGAUUUUGGAUGGAGAUGUGUACAAGUAUUACUCUGAUGGAGAGUGGAAAAAGUCUUCUUCUGGCAAGACUGUUGCCAUCAUCAAUCCCACUACAAGAAAGACUCAAUACAAGGUUCAAGCUUGCAGCCAAGCAGAGGUUAACAAGGUAAUGGAAUCAGCCAAAAGUGCGCAGAAAGCUUGGGCUAGAACUCCACUUUGGAAGAGAGCAGAGCUCCUUCACAAGGCUGCUGCUAUCCUGAAAGAGCACAAGGCUCCAAUUGCUGAGUGCCUGGUGAAAGAAAUUGCAAAACCAGCCAAAGAUGCAGUCUCUGAGGUUGUGAGGUCUGGGGAUCUUGUUUCCUACACUGCUGAAGAGGGAGUAAGGAUUCUGGGAGAGGGCAAGUUCUUGGUCUCUGAUAGUUUUCCUGGUAAUGAGAGGACAAAAUACUGCCUCACUUCUAAGAUCCCCCUUGGAGUGAUUUUAGCCAUUCCACCAUUUAACUAUCCUGUCAACCUUGCUGUCUCAAAGAUUGGUCCUGCAUUGAUUGCUGGAAACUCCCUUGUCCUCAAGCCUCCAACUCAGGGUGCUGUCUCUUGCCUGCAUAUGGUUCACUGCUUUCACUUAGCUGGUUUUCCCAAAGGCCUCAUCAGUUGUGUCACUGGGAAAGGUUCUGAGAUUGGUGACUUCCUUACUAUGCACCCUGGUGUCAACUGUAUAAGCUUCACCGGUGGAGACACUGGUAUUGCAAUUUCGAAGAAGGCAGGAAUGAUCCCUCUUCAGAUGGAGUUGGGAGGAAAAGAUGCUUGCAUUGUGCUGGAGGAUGCUGAUCUUGAUUUGGUUGCAGCAAAUAUUAUCAAAGGAGGUUUUUCAUACAGUGGCCAAAGAUGCACUGCAAUUAAGGUGGUGCUGGUGAUGGAAUCCGUGGCUGAUGCUCUAGUAGAGAAGGUGAAUGCGAGAGUUGCAAAACUAAGAGUUGGGCCGCCAGAGGACGACUGUGACAUCACUCCAGUGGUUACAGAAUCAUCUGCUAAUUUCAUCGAAGGACUUGUUAUGGAUGCUAAAGAGAAAGGAGCAACGUUUUGCCAGGAAUACAAGAGAGAUGGCAACCUCAUUUGGCCUCUGCUUCUAGAUAAUGUAAGACCUGAUAUGAGGAUUGCAUGGGAAGAGCCAUUUGGGCCUAUUCUUCCAGUUAUCAGGAUCAAUUCUGUUGAAGAAGGAAUCCAUCAUUGCAAUGCUAGCAAUUUCGGGCUCCAGGGCUGUGUGUUCACAAAGGACAUCAACAAAGCUGUGUUGAUAAGUGAUGCAAUGGAGACAGGAACAGUUCAAAUCAACUCUGCACCAGCUCGUGGACCAGAUCAUUUUCCAUUCCAGGGUUUGAAGGACAGUGGAAUUGGAUCACAAGGCAUCACCAACAGCAUUAACAUGAUGACCAAAGUCAAGAGCACUGUUAUCAACUUACCAAGCCCUUCUUACUCCAUGGGAUUCUCUUUUACAAGUAAAAUUUGAAGAGAAGAAAAGAUCGGCAAAGGGAAAAAGUAGCUGUUUAAAUCAGUUUACUAUAUCACAUGCCUAAGGUAAAGCAUCCUUUUUUUUUUCUUUUUCUUUUUCAUCAUUGCUUUGUAAACUUGACGGUGCUGAUUUGAACCCAUUUCAUCCAUUGCUAUUUUGACAGCUUCCAACAGAAUAUCAUAAAUUACUUUAGUAUCAUCAACAUAUUAACUUCAAUAAAAUUUUUCAUUGAGUUAGUUCA